AUAUUCAAACGUCAGUUUCGCAGCAGACUUGCACCGAUCCGGUACUACGCGGUCUCGUCGAUCUUCGUCUGGUCCGUUUUUUUUCGCAACCGUUCGAGUUAUAAAUCGCGAAGUGAUCGAAUUUCGAUUUAUUUUUCAAACAUGAUCUCCUCAAUCGCGGUACUUUUGGCGUGCGCCGUGGCAGCCGUCACCUGUGCCGGCAACCUGCACGUCGUCAACGAAUGGUCACUGCUCAGGUACGAUGUGCCGUUCAAUUACCCCAAUGCCGAUUCGUACAAGCCCGAAGUCACGGUAUCCACCGGAAUCGAAGUCGGUUGGGACAGGAUAUUCAUUACGACCCCGAGACUGUUCAAUGGAAAUCCGGCCACGCUGGCUUGGGUGCCACGCAACCGAGCUGGAGUGACUUAUGACACACACAAAUCGCCAUUGUUACAGGCAUAUCCCAACUGGGAAUGGCACAGCGAAGCUUCCAGCGGUGACCUGCUGACGUCGCCGAAGCCCAACUGUUCCAGCCUGGUGUCCGUGUUCAGGGUCAGGGCAGACAGGUGUAACAGGUUGUGGGUACUGGAUAGUGGAGUCAUGGACAGUCUAGAAACUUUCAAGACGAUCUGCCCGCCUAAGCUGUUGGUGUUCGAUAUGAGAACUGACCAAGUGGUGAGAAGCGUGACAUUGCCCGCGGAAAUCUUGAGGGCCAACACACUUUUGACAAAUCUGGUGAUCGACGACCAGGUGGAAGUGUCCCAUCUGCAAGACGGAUUCCUCGGAGACUGUGACAACGUGUUUGUGUACAUGACCGACAGUACGAAUCCAGGUAUUCUGGUAUACGACGCCCGACGAGACACGGCGUGGAGACUCUCGCAUCCGUACAUGUUCCCGGAUCCAGACUUUGGAACCUUCUCGGUAGCCGGUGAAUCUUUCACUCUGAUGGACGGCGUCAUCGGUCUAGCUCUAUCGCCUUUCGGAUCCGUUGGCCGACGCCUUUACUUCCAGCCGUUCGCCUCCGACCGUCUGUUCUCCGUGCCCACAGCCGCACUCAAGGCCGGACCAAAUUUGGGUGACGAUGCCGAUCUUCCAGUGUCGUUGGUGGGUCACAAGUCUUCGCAAGCCGCCCCGUUGGCCGUCGACCCCAAGGACGGUGCUCUCAUAUUCAGUCCGGUGUCCGAAACGGCCUUAGCCACCUGGAUUCCGGGAUCCGUGGAACACGGUGUGCUGGCAUACAGCCCGGAGGAACUACAGUUCGUAUUGGAUAUCAGAUCGGCCGAUCGCGACCAAGGUGCCAUUUGGGUGGUAUCGUCGAGGUUACAGCGAUACUUCAAAAAGACUCUGGACAAAAGGGAAGUGAACAUCCGGAUCAUGAGGAUAGUCAGGGAGCCGGAGUUCUUGCCCUACGCAUUCAAUAACAAUAACUCUCUGUUGUUGUUCAAAUGAUCUGCUAUGUUAUUAUACUUGACACUGCACACACACACACACACACACACACACACACACGACGAUAAUUUAUUGCUAAACCAUGUUGUAUGAUAAUAUUAAUAAUAAUAAUAAUUACAUGAUACCACACAUUGUAACGAUUAUACCAGAUAAUAUACGGUACGCAAUGCGUAUGGUAUAUUAAUGACGAUGCCAUUUUACUUAGGGUUGCGCUGCGUUCGUAUAAUAUGAUAAUAUUAAAACAUUAACGGAGCUGCGACAUUUAAUUUAAUAUAAUUACAUUGUGUAAAUACUAUUAUUAAUAAAUAACCAUUGAAAUAAUUCACGAAAUCGUCGAAAUAUUCAUAUAAUAAUACAAUGAGAUGAUAUGUGAACACAAUUCGAUAAUUUUGUAGGUUGUAUUAUUAUUUAUUUAUUAUGAAGCGUACCUCAAUCUUCAAUGUAAACACUCAUUCAAACGGACGUAUUUUUAAUUUAUAAUUCUCGACGGUAACUCAAUGUAAACCGAUUAUUUUCGAACAGCCCUGAAACUUUAUACUUAAAGAAAAUAUACGAAUGACCUAGGGAUGCCAACCAUAAUAUACCCGUAUUUUUUUUUACAAUAAAUUACGAUUUCAACGAAAAAUUGAUGAUAAUACUGUUUCGGUAAAAUAUUAUUACAGUCACAACUUAUAAGACGAACCGAAAAUGUAAUAAUCACAUAACUAUACUUCGAUGUUACCGAUAGCACUACAUAAUGCUUUGUUUAUUAUCGUAUAUUUAAGUAUUUUAUGAUUGAUCAAAAUGUAUUAUUUAACAUUAUAAUUUUAAGGAUAUUAUAAUUUAAGAAAUGUCCAAUAUUUGUUAGUCUAAGAAUAUAAUUCUUUUAGUUUCAUUAUUAUAAUAUACCGUAAAACAAAUAUUUUGUAUUAUGUAUUUUACUUAGUAUAUUAAAUUGCGAAAAAUUAUACAGA